CGGCGGUGGGCGGAAGCGGUCACAAGAGCUGUCUGCAUAUACACCUACAACUACAUUCCGCUUUCUAUCUUUCUAUCCCGCUGCCAGCAUCCCAGCCAACGGCACCCCCCGCCCCCGUGCCCGGUAAAUGUCCCACAGCGUAUCCACAACAACCACACCCCGCCCUAGCUACUGCUCGCCCCCUCACCCCACCGCCCCUACCCACCCCGCCGGGAACGCCAACCCCUCUGACCAGAACCACUACAUAAUACCUGGGCUCUGAACAUGCCCAGCGGUCAUAAUAGCGGGCCGAAAGCCCUAGUAUCCCCUACAAAUUCUCUACACCCCUCGCCCGCCUCUCAGCAUUCCUCCCUGCAGUAUGCAAAAGCCGGCUCCUCCAAAUCCGCUGCCCGCCCAAGACUGAAGUCGUCCCACCAGCGUACCUUCUUGUCCGACUCGGAUUCCGACCUCACCCCUGCUUCUUCCGACGAAGAGGAGGAAGACGAUAGGUAUGAAAGUCUGGUGACACCGAGGAAAGGGGCGCACAAGGGGCGACCGUCUGCUGCCGGUGGGGUUUCGGGGAGUGUGCAGAAGAGUGCUACAAAGAAAGCGGCACCGAAAAAGGGCAAGAAUCCGCAAGCGAAAAAGAAGAGCCAUUCAUCGAAAGAUAUCAAUACCAAGACGACUACGGGUCCUUUGGGGAGAGACAAGAAGAAGGCUAUCAAGCUGGAAGACUCGGAAAUCAGAAGAGCGAGGGAUGCCAAGUUUGAUGUGGACCAGGACUUUGGAGAUGGAGCUACUCCCACACAAAGCACCUCCCAACACCGCUCGAUACACGAAGAUGAUGCCUCGUCGUAUGGAGACGACGAGUCAGAUCACGGAAUCACUGACGAGGAGCACACCAUUGCUGGCAUUCCGGAAGCCUUCAUUGGUCAGGAGAUUGAAGAUCUCGCAUACGGUGCAGGAGACUUGGAUGCAGAGAUGGCAUUCUGGGGAGGAGCAGAAGACGGAUCCGACGACGAAGACGAAGAAAUGUACAUUGACCAACUAUCCGGAUCCGAAGCCGACCGACAAUCACAAUCCUCUGUAUCAAUUCGCGACUCUGACUCGUCCACAGACGACGAGACAGAUGACGAAGUGCUCGACGAAUUCGGCUUUCCGGUCGCUUCUGCCCCGCACUUGCCGUUGGAACUGGCAGAAAAUGGCGCAGAGGACCCGGGGCUGAUCCUGAUGGAAAAUUGGGACGGGCAAUUUGUACUCGUGCAGCCUCGUGUUGAGCGGAGUCGUUCACGCCACCGCGGUGACAGAGGUUCUCGCACUGGCGCGUCUACCAAUGGCUCCGUCGUAUCCGGUACCGAGGUUCACAAUCUCACUAUCGACGCCGACGCUGCCGACCGAGAGUUUGAAUCUGACACUUCUUCAUGGAGCGGUAUGUCAGACGAGGACGACGGGGGCGACACCACCGACUCGAUGGCGGAGGAGGACAUGCCGAUGCUGGACAGUCCGGCGUUGAACGAAAUGAUGGAGCAUCAAAUGGCCGAGGCCGUUCUCAGCAUGACGGUGGACGGGGGCGAUAUCAGCGGUAUGGUGUUGCCAGAGGCUGUUGCGAGUGUCCCCGGGCCAGCCAUCACUAUCACGGAAGCGGUCGGUGAGAUUACCCCUGCCUUGUCGACAACCUCCUCCUCCGCCCCCUUCGAAUCCAAUACACUCCCAACAACCCCCUCAUCUGCGGAGCCAACCCCUUCCGACAUGCCAGCCCCGUCGAAUGUGCCUCAAAUGGGCACAUUCCUUCCCCCUACCGGUGACCCAGCCCAGCACGCCGUCAUUGACGGUUCGGGCCUCACCACCAAAUCACCCUUUACCCACCGCCGCCGCUCUCGCAGAAAUCGUGAUGCUGCCAGCUUGGCUUCCUCCAGAGAGGACAAGGAGCGUAAACGGAAAUCACAGAGUGACAUCUUCUCUCCCUCUGCCAUGUCUCCCUCCACACCCAAGCCGACUGCUUCUACCAAGUCCAAGAAGUUGAGAUACUCGUCCAUUCCUGGUCAUCCGCGCUAUGUCGCCGCUCGAAGGGCUGCUGAAGCGCUCAUGCCAGAAGAAGACCGGAAUACCACAACGGAUGACGAAGAGGAUGGGUUUAAUCUGGAAGAUAUGUUGGAGGAGGGCGUUCUCGUGGAUGGUGCUGGAGAGGGCCUUGAAGGCGAGCCGGUGGCGGCCGAACAUCUGCGCCACAUGCUCAGGUUUGACAGAGUCGGUGUGUCGACAUAUCUCAGACGCAACUUUGGCACUCCCAACGCUGCUGCCGCUGUGGAACCUCGUGCUAGCUUCUCCCUCGGCGUUGCCAGUGCCUACCCCUCACCCGGAAACGCCCGUCUCGAUGAUACUCUCGUUGGGCCUAUGGGCGGGAGAAUGUUGAUGUCUCCUGUGUUGGGCCCUGUAGAGGAGGGGCGCGGCAGGAGCGGGAGGAAGAAGGAGAAGAAGAGGAGAAAACAGAGCGCUUCUGUCAUGCCUGAGCUGGCUAUAUGAGCUUCUUCAUCAUUCGGCAUCGCGACACUGUAUCCGUGUAUAGCAUUGAUCGGCAAUAUCCCCUCCCCCUCUUCCAUCGUACAAAGUUUACAGUCACCCGUUCCCCUUCGCAUAACUCCUACCACCAUCAAUUUCUUGUACUAUCCCUUCUUCCUUCGCAUAUGUUCUAUAACGAGAUAUUUCACACCGCAUGGUCCCUUUCUCUCUAUCUCUUCCUUCUUUCGGUAUAUCUAGGUCUGAGACGAAAUCGCAAAAAAAAUCAAUAGGAAAUUGUUUGUUUUAUAUCACCGUAUGGCAACAUGCAUCAUGAAAUGUGUGUAGUAUCGCGCUUCAGUCAGUGGUGUCGGCCCAUGAGCUGUGGUAUCUCGUCAAGACUU